UGUAAAUAAAGCUUUGGCAGAACGCGUGAGUGAUAAUUCUGGAAGGAGCGUCUGGCUCGCUUAAGUGACACUACCCCUCUUUAAAAGGCUCGUUUUGAACACACCGAGCACUACUUAUUUUUGUAACUAUAUAUAAAAUAUUACGGGUAUCGAGUGAACCUCUGAAAACAUGGCAGAGAGUGACUGGGACACCGUGACUGUGUUGAGGAAGAAGGGGCCGACCGCCGCUCAGGCCAAAUCCAAGCAGGCUAUCACAGCUGCUAUGAGACGUGGGGAGGAUGUUGAGACAUCAAAGAAAUGGUCUGCAGGACAAAACAAACAGCAUGUUGUGACUAAGAACACAUCCAAGCUGGACCGGGAGACAGAGGAGCUACACCAUGACAGGGUUUCUCUGGAGGUGGGCAAGGUUAUUCAGCAAGGCAGACAGGAGAAAGGUCUCACCCAGAAAGACCUGGCCACUAAAAUUAAUGAGAAGCCUCAAGUCAUUGCAGACUACGAGUGCGGGAGAGCAAUUCCCAACAACCAGGUCAUGGGCAAGAUUGAGAGAGCAAUUGGGCUGAAACUGCGUGGGAAGGAUAUUGGCCAGCCCCUGGAGCCAAAGACCAAGAAGAAAUGAACACAAAGCCUCGAAAUCAGCCCCCCGCUCCCUUCUUUCCUUGUUUCUGAACCCUUCCCCCACCCCACUUCCAAGAACCCUCAAACUCUCCCCCUCUCUCCCCCGUACCUCCCCCUCUCUACCUGGGCUGAUCUCACCUGUGUCCUGCCUGGGGACCAGGUGCUUCACUGCAUUACAGGCUGCAUAAUGAAAACAGUUUUCUUGACCACAUAAUCAAAUGAAUGAUGGAACGUGUUUUUUCAACGUCACAAACUCGAAGUUCUGUGAAUCUUCCUUUCACCUACGUCUGCUUCGGCUUUGGCAUGAUGAAUUCAACUUUUUGAUAGUAAUGUAAAUUGGUUAAAAAAAGGGUGAAUUAUUUUUCAUGGCCAAACAAACUAGUUCGACACGUUAAUUCUGAGCAUGACCUAAAGCCAAAAGUGCUUGAUUGCAUCUUUUUCACACACUUGAGACAGUGCGUGGAUGUCAUUACAGUGUUGAAAUGUUUUAAUGCUGUGCUUUGUUUUAAUCUAAAAAAUAAAGUUUGGCAGUUCUUGACA